AUGAAACCAGCUGAUUGUCUGAACACUACAUCGACUUAUGAUCCGUCGAAGGUCAUUCCCGGAAAUUUAAAUGUAAUCCCACAAGUUAUAAAGCAGUGGAAUACGACCAACGAAUCCAAUCAAAUGCAUUCGUAUUAUCUGUUCGUGGUCAAUGUCAUCAACUCUCAAAUUGCGCCUAUUUGUGGGUUACAAUUGCAGCAAAAUAAUAGCAAAGCGGUAAGUGACAUUAGGGAUUUGAUAUCAACGUAUGAUUAAACAUUUAUAUUUUUGUUUAGGUAAUAUUGGAAAUGUGGAAAUUAAGUGAAGACGAGAGGCCUAAUGGAUCUCCAAAUAUGUAUGCACUACCAUCCUGGAUGAGAUUAGAAGUUGGCUCUGUCUAUAAGGCCGGAGGGGUCGCCAUGGACGGGAUACCCGACUUCAUUACGAUUAAUUCAACUGUCUGUACAUAA